UCCACUUCCUGUUCUCUGAAAAUGAAACCAAAGGGAAAAAAAUAAUGCAUAAUAAUACCCAUUAUCAGCAUAUGGGUUAGAGGUUACAUAUGGCAGUUUAUUUCUUCAGUGAUUCUAGAUCUUGCACACCAGCUUUGCAGGUCCUUUGUAAGCAGAAUUUGGUAAGAAAAAAAAAAAAAAAAACACAAAACUUUUCAGUCUGGCUUGUUGACAGGAACUUCCUACCAAAUGUACACAAAGAAUGAAGUAAACCUUUCUAUCCGUUGUCUAGAUAAGAGCUUCUGAGAAUCCUGUACUGACUGAAAUGAUUCAAAGAUCCAAAAAAUUGAAGUUAGAGGAUCUAAACCAGGAAACAGACUGCAGGGAGAAAGCAGAGAUGCUAAAAAUGUGUGUUACAAAUGUGGGAACAGAGCAGUGCUGUGGUGAACACAGACGGAGACUGGAGUUGUUCUGUCAGGAGGAUGAGACCUUUAUCUGUACAAUGUGUGUUCCCAGACAUUCCAGGCACAGUUUUGUGCUCCUGCAUGAGGCAAUCAGCAGGUAUAAGGACAAGCUGAAAAUUGCUUUAGCAUCUCUAGAGUGCAGAGUGAAACAUUUUAAACAUUUGCAAAUCAAAAAGGAGAAAGAAAUUGCAGACAUACAGGAAGAUGUUUUUUCUUUGGAGCAAUACAUUUCACAAGAAUUUGCAAAACUGCACCAGUUUCUGCAUGUGAAGGAGCAAAAACUCAUCCAGCAGCUUAAGAAUGAAGCAUCAAACAUUCUGAAAGAAAUGGAAGAUGAUCUUGAAUGCACUGAAUGUGAUGCUAUAUCCUCCCACGUUGUAGUGUCCACUGCUGACUCUGAUCUCAAGAAUAAAGAGGCAGAAGUUCUAAAAGAUAGGAAAGACACACCUGUACCCAUUCAAGCUGAUAUUAUGCCCACUAACAGGACAUUGUCUGAUAAUCGUUUGGAGAUCAGACAACAUAAAGCUGUUGGUUUGCUUAUGGUACCAGAAACCUUUGAGGAUGUUGCUGUUUCUUUUACUGAAGAGGAAUGGAAGAUGUUAAGAAAACAAGAUAAGGAGCUUCACAGAGAAGUGAUGGUACAGAAUUAUGAAGCCUUGGUUUCAAUAGGAGUCAAAAUCCCUCUAGAGAAAUUAUUACUCCUAGUAAAAGAAGGCAAUUACGUGCGGAAAACUAGCACAGAACAGAAGAGUAAUCUCAAUGCCAGCUUCCACUGUACCAGAAACACAGGAUGCAGUGCGAGUUACACUCGGCCAUCACACAGAACACCCCAGUUACUUUACCCAAAUAACUUGCAGCAGUGUGCUCAGCCUGUGAAAGGCAAAGGCAAUAAGAAGACUGAUGUCACUCCUGUACCACUGCUUCAGUCAGUACACAACUGCAAGGCACCCAAUUGUGGAGAUGAAACACCUAUGUUACCUCAGCCUACAGAGAGCCUACUGCAGUGUGCACAGCCUGUGAAAGGCUGUAAGAAGACUGAUCUCACUCCUGUAGCACAGCUUCAGUCAGUAGACAACAGCAAGACCUCCAAAUGUGGAGAUGGAACACCCAUAUUACCUCACCCUAUAGAGAGCUUAGAGCAGUAUGCACAGCCUGUGAAAGGGUACAAGAAGUCUCAUAUCACUCAUUUGCCACAGCCUGUGCCAGGAUGUGACCACAGUAAUACCCUUGACUGUAAUACAGGUCGGGGAGAGCACAAUAAGAAGAAAGUAUAUAAAUGUCCAGAAUGCAGUAAGGACUUCACAAGGCCGUGGAAUCUUCAAAGGCAUUAUGUCACUCACACGAGCAUGAAGUUGUACAAAUGUGCUGAAUGCAGUAAAUGCUUUAUAAAUAAGUCACAUCUAAAAUCCCAUCAGAGUUGUCACACAGGGCAGAAGGUUGUUGUGGAGGAAACAAAAAACACAGGACAGAAGGAUAAUCUUGAAGACAACAUUCAUGGUGUCAGCAGCACAGAACACAGUACUAGUUGCAGUCAGCAGCCAUUGCUUGGGACAUCUCAGUUGCAUUAUCCUAGAAAGCACCUUCAGCUGUGUGCUGAGCCUGUAAAUGUAUACAACAAGCGUCACCUCACUCCUGUACCACAGAUUGACAUAGGACAUAACUGCAGCAAAAGCCACGAAUGUGACAAUAGAGCAUCUCCAUUACAUCACCUGUCAGAGAACCUGCAGCAAUGUGCUGCACCUGUUAAGGAUGCUGACAUGCUUCAUCUCACAUUUGUGCCACAGCCUCAUGCAGAACAUAACUAUAGCAAGAGCUGUGAAUGUGACAACACAUCUCCAUUGCAUUGUCUGGCAGAGAAUGUGCAGCAUUGUGCUUCAACUGUGAUGGGCUGUGAUGUGCCUCAGCUCUGUCCUUUACCACAACUUCACUCAGGACAUAACUACUCAGAGAAUUUCAAAUUUGACACAAGUCAGAGCACUCAUUUAGAGAAGAAACUGUAUACGUGUACUAAAUGCAGAAAGUGUUUCACAAGUCUCAGUACUUUUCAAAGUCAUUGUACCACUCAUACAGUGGAGAAGUAUAAAUGUGCUGAAUGCAAUAAGUGCUUUAAGCAUCUCCGCAGUUUUCGGCAGCAUCAUACCAUUCACAUGGGUAAGAGAAACCAAAAAAAACUGAAGAAAUUAAAUUGCGAGAAAGCAUAUAAAUGCAUGGAAUGUGGUAAGUGUUUCACACGUCUCAACAGCCUUCAUCUGCAUCUCACUAUUCACACGGGUGAGAAACCAUAUAAAUGCAUGGAAUGCAAUAAGAAUUUCAGACUGAUCAACGGUCUUCGACGGCAUAAGACCAUCCACAUGAGUGAAAAAGCAUAUAAAUGCAUUGAAUGUGGUAAGUGUUUCACACGUCUCAGCAGCCUUCAUCUGCAUCUCACUGUUCACACGGGUGAGAAACCAUAUAAAUGCAUGGAAUGCAAUAAGAAUUUCAGACUGAUUGACAGUCUUCGACGGCAUCAGACCAUCCACAUGAGUGAAAGAGCACAUAAAUGCAUGGAAUGUGGUAAGUGUUUCAGUGAUCCCAGCAGGCUUCGACAGCAUGAGGCCAUCCACACGGAUGAGAAGCCGUAUAAAUGUACCGAAUGCAGUAAAUGUUUUAGAGUAAAGAACAUGUUAAAAUGCCAUCAGCUGUCUCACACAGGAGAGAAGUCAUACAGAUGUGCUGAAUGCAGUAAGUGUUUCUCACGUCUUGGCAGCCUUCAACAGCAUUAUACCAUUCACACGGGUGAGAAGCCAUAUAAAUGUAAUGAAUGCAAUAAGAGUUUUAGAGUAAAGUGCCUGUUAAAAUACCAUCAGCUCUCUCACACAGGAGACUUGGAGAAAUUAAAAGCAGAGAAGUCCUACAAAUGUGCUGAAUGCAGUAAGUGCUUCACACGCUUAAGCAGCCUUCAGCAGCAUCAUACCAUUCACACGGGUGAGAAGCCCUACAAAUGUAUUGAAUGCAGUAAGAGUUUUAGAGUUAAGAGCCUGUUAAAAUACCAUCAGCGCUCUCACACAGGAGACAGUAGGUCCGAAUGGAGAGGUAAGUCAGUAAUCAAAGGAGAGUAAUAUUGCUGAAAUUGAAUUCAUCCACAAGUCUUGGUGAGUAAAUUCAUGAGAUGGACCCUUUUUUUUUUCAUAAAAUCUCACCAAGACAACACUGAUUUAUACUAAAUAAAAUACUGUUUAUAUAUCAUGGACAGAAACGGGCCAAAAAUUGAAAAAAGGUAGCUGGGUGCACAAGACCCAGAAUAAAUAAAAAAGUGCCCAGUCCUGGUAGGUGCACUGGUGCCAGGACUGGAAAAAAUGACAGGGUAGAAUCCUCAAAAUACAGAAAUGUUCCUACAUUGGGGCCAGGGGGAGGAUGGGUCCCCCUGUUGUAGAAGGAAGUUGCAGUCCACAAAAAUCACAAAAACUGAUAGGCCAAAGAAGA